GAACCGCUCGACCGGGUGAGGAGAUCGGAAACUAGGCGAGGGAAAGCCUCUUAGUAGCGGGGAGCCGUUCGUGACUGGAAGGAUCCCAUUCGCUGCUUUGGGCGGGAGAGACCCUUCGUUAGAGUCGAGGCUUUGACGAGUUCUCUUUCCCCUGCUUCGCCCCGGUUACAAAAAAAUGGAAGAUAUCUCUGGUAUAGAUUCUUUGGCUACAAGGCUAAAAAAUACAAUGAUUCAGUACUAUAAUAUUGAGGACGAUGAAUGGAGAGUUGCUAGGAAAACAAAAGAUGUUACAGUUUGGCGUAAGCCAUCAGAAGAAUUCAGUGGGUACCUCUAUAAAACAGAAGGUAUUGUGGAAGAUGUUACCAAUAGAAUAAUAGAUCACAUACGUCCUGGACCUUACCGGAUCAGCUGGGAUAGCCUGAUGACAUCAAUGGAUAUUGUUGAAAAAUAUGAAGAGAAUUGCUGUGUAAUGCGUUAUACCACAGCUGGUCAAAUAUUGAAUAUAAUUGCUCCAAGAGAGUUCAUUGAUUUCUCCUACACAACUAAUUGUGAAGAUGGGCUGCUGUCAUGUGGUAUUAGCCUGGAUUACGGCGAAGUCAGGCAAAGUUUUGUUCGAGGAUAUAACCAUCCUUGUGGCUGGUUCUGCUUUCCACUCACGGACCAUCCAAGACAUAGUCUUUUAGUUGGCUUUAUCCAGACGGACCUGCGUGGGAUGCUCCCACAAUCAGUAGUAGACACAGCUAUGGCUGGUACACUGAUCAAUUUUUAUUCUGAUCUUAGGAAAGCUCUGAAGGCAUAAUUAGUGCAACUACAAAUUCUCUGUAUCAUUCAUGAUGUUUUUCACAUGAAAACCUAUGGUUUUCCAUAUUAGGUACAAUAGUUUUAAGAUAUAUAUAUUUAUUUUUAAAUUAGACUCUCAGAGAAUUCAGUUGAGAUGAUUGUUCUAAAGAAAUAUCCAUGUUUAUGUUAGAAAAAAAGUACAUGUCCUAAUUUUAAGACCUGACUCCUGUGAAUUAUUUUAUUCUCUUGAACACAAAACUUUUUAUAGUUGUGGAAAGAGUUUUAUCAGGGUAUUUAUUUCAAGGAUUUGAUUUCCUAAUAUCAUGUUAGGAAACCAAAAACCAGUGUAUUUGUGUUGGGGAAUUCUUUCCCAUUGCCUUCUAUGCAUCUCUACGGAAGAAUGUCUGCUAUUUUUGGAGUUUUAAACAUAAUUUAGGUUCCUUCUGUUCCAAGGCUCUCUCUCACUCCAUGGCUCAAAGCUAUGGUUUUUAUUGGACUAGAUUCAGUUAUAGUCCCCCUCAAUGCGCUGAAUGUGAUAGGAAUGCAAAUAUACUGUUGCCGUUAUUCCAAAUACACAGAGACCUGUUCUUAUGGACUUAAGAAGUCUGCAGUUUUACGAGUAAGAUCUUAGGUUAAGUUCACCUACUUAAGAGUUAUCAAAACAAUAUAUUGGUUCUCUGAAAUGGUACACAUUUCAGUGCAGCAGAAUUGGUAUGUUUUGGAGCUCUUCUUGCCAUAUUAGGAGUACUGCAACACAAUAUAGUUGCACAUUUGUUUUGGAAAUGCUAUUGUUAUGUAUCAGAGAUCAUCUGGGUGCCAGAUGUGUAUGUCUACUUAUACCAUAGUACAGUGAAAAUAGAAAUUGCAUUCCCAAUCAUUGCCUUGAGGGGUGCUAUAACUGAAUUGUGAUGUAAGCAAUGAAACCUGGUACUGUCCUGCAAAAGCUGAAUGAUUUGAAAGAUUUUUGAGGAUUUUUAUCAUCUCUUUCAAAAUUGUUGCAUGAUGUACUUUCAAAUUUUAGGUUUAAAAACAUUCAGCAUUUAAGAUGCUAAUUUGAAAAUUAUACAUGAUUUCUAUAAUUUAAAGCCUGACACUUUAAAUUACCUUCUUCAUUUAAUAUCAUUUCAGUGGAAAGCUAUAUCGAUGAUAGAAAUAUGAAACACACACUAUGUAGUCAAAUUAUACAUUAUAAGAAGACUGAGUAUCCAUAUUACAAGUAUCAAUUUUUGUGGUACAUGACUUUAUAGCGGCAUGGGAGAUAGCAAUGUUUUCAAUAAGAGAAAAUAGGCUAACAUACUUGGCUUGUUAUGUUAUUCUAACACCAGCUGAGGAUGUAAAUAUGGGAUACGAAAGAAUGAUCUCAUAGCUGAGAGACUAAAAUUGCUAUAAAUGCUUUACCUCAGCUUCUACUUGUUCAAUCA